AUGACGGAAAAACAUUUUAUCGUAACAGUAACCGUUCUAGAGGGUAGACAUUAUAUUUGGAAGGAUAUGAGUUCGGCAGUUAUAGUAAACAUCGACAACAAAAAGAAAUGCACUGAUAUAGUCCGAGAUACUGAUUGUCCCUUUUACAAUGAAUACUUUGUGUUUGAGUUUUACACAACUGAAGAAAAGUUUAUUGAAAAGUACCUUACAAUCACAGUGAUUCAACCUAAGUGUUUUUUUAGAAAACGGAAAAUUCUUGGAAACAUUAAAUUGGAUAUUGCCACAAUUUUAAAACAAAAAGAUUGUCAAUUUUAUCAUAAAUGGGCAGCCUUAUGUUCACCUAAAUUGGAGGUUUAUAGUGGACCAACUGGGUAUUUGAAGUUGGAUAUUUGUGUUUUAUCUAAGGGUCAAUCUGCCAAGUUACCUUUGGGUGUUGUUAAUGAUAAUAUAGAAGGCGAGAAACAACAGGCUCAGUAUAUAUUUGAAAUAUAUAACAUUAAAAACCUGCAGAAAAAGUCCAACGAGUUCAUAUACGAUAAAUCGGGUAGUGCCCAAUCGGACUACCAACCGUCAACUUUUGUGGAAAUCACAUUUGCUGGAUCUAGCGUUAAAACAGGGAUACAAAAGAAUAAUAGCAAUCCAGUCUUCAACGAGAGACUAGUCUUAACAGAUAUGUUUCCACCCUUGUGCCAAAGAUUUAGAAUAGACAUUCGAAAUGAUGAUUUUAAAAAAUCGAUACAUUCAACACAUUUUCUCAAUUUGGACAAUAUCUCUAGUGAUACUGUUGAAG